AUGGAGUACAUAUGCUACGCCUGCUCGGCCACACUGUGUGUGCGCGGCGGCGGCGGGGGGAUGUACGACGCUCCGGGGGGUGCGCAUAUGGAUGCAAUGAGGUGUAGGGAGUGUGGGUGUAGGGCGAUGUGGAAGAAGAGGACGGAGAGGAUGGUGCAGUUUGAGGCUAGAUGA